GCCAACUUUACAAGUUCCUUUUCACGCACCACAUGCCGGAACCAUCGAAGUCACGGCACCGCCUGCACCACCCCCCGAAUGCACGCAGUGCAUCGUCGGAAAUGCAAUAAAAGUUCUUUGAUGUCAACGGUAGCAUGCAGUUGCGAUCCGGAUGUUUUUUAUGCAUGGCCAUCGUCGCCAGAACGAAAUGUUUUGUGAUAUGUGCACAUUGCGUAUUGUUCGUUCUUGGAUAGAGAAUUCGAUCUAUUAGGAAAACAAUAGACGCUGCAUUGAACAUGCAUACGUGCGCCUUCCUAGUGCUGCUGGUGCUUCCAGCAUGGACCGAAACCUCGGAAGCCUGGCGUCAGGCGGGCAGAACAGCCGGGUUAAUAUUGAGUAAAUGCUACCGAAACCAAGAGGUCAAAAUAUCCUCGAAUCCACGCCAACUUCCCGCCAUUCUGGUGGGCUGUCUGCGUAGAAGAGGCCUCGCGGCCCUUUACAAAGCCGCUGAAGCAGAUGUCGUUGAAGUUACAGAAGGCAUUGAGCUGGUUAAAUAUAAAUUGAGCAAUAUCACCGAAUUACAACGGAACAUCAUAAUCUCGAGGAGCCUGGAAGAGAACGACGCGGACUGGAAACGGCAAUUCGCCGAUGCACUCGCCCAUUUAUUCAACACUCACGUAUUGAAAAUUCGGCUGAAAAGCCUCGACGCCCAGCCGAGCGCCGAAGGUAGAGGGCGCCGAAGGCAGAACAUGUUCUCCCAAUUGCUGAUGUUCGGGCUGAUAGCGGCCGCUUUCAUCGUCAUACCGAUGGGCUUCCAGUUCCUCGCCAUCUUGGGCGGCAAGGCGCUGCUGCUGGCCAAGAUGGCGCUGCUGCUCACCUCCAUCCAAGGCCUGAAGAAGAUCGCCACCAGCAACUUCAAUUACGGCCUGUAUUCGACCUACGGACAACCAUGUAAGACGUUAGAUUAUCCCGAUCUGCUUGACGUAUUUUUUUCUUUUGAUGUAGAGAGUUUAAGAGGUGGUGGUUAUGGAUAUUUUGAUGGGAAAGUCUUUUGUUUAGGGCAAUACGACAGACAGUGGCCUUACGAUGGCAUCGAAGGACAACGAGCGCCGAAUUACGCCAGCUACGAAGGCUACGAUUAUUUGCAUCCUAGGAUCGAUAUCAUUAAAGAAAAUAUAUCAUCUUGA